CACUGCCAAUACAGUCCACAGAGUGAACCUAACUCAAACCCUAAUCCUAAAUUCACACUUUCCCUCCUGAAUCUCCGACUUUCCAUGGCGAAGCAGAAGCAUGUGGCUCCUCUUGAAGACUCUGACCAUGAAGAAGAAGAAGAAGAUAGCAGCGAGGGAGAGGAUGAAGUUGCUUCAUCCAACGAAGACGAAGACACAGAUGAAGGCGAAGAUGAACGUGACAAGCACGUGCUGGUUCCCAGGAAGCCUCAACCGCAAACGGUUUCCAAACCCUCGUCUUCUUCAUCUGAAGUAGAAUUGGAUUCGGAGCCCGAACCCGACCCUGAGCCUGAGUCUCUAUUGGAAAACGCUAAAGCCUCUUCAAAGUUGAAGUCUCAACCUUCGUCUGCUGUCAGUGAAGCCAAAUCCGGGUCAAAGCGCGCAGCCAAGAACAGCAUCGACCACUCGAACCAACCAAAGCGUGGGAAGAAGGCACAGGACGAUGACGUCGCCGGCUCCGAUGAAGAGGAUCCAAAUAAAUCACGUGACGAGUUCAAAUACAUCUUUGAGAAGGUUUUCAGUGAGAAAGAUGAGAAGGCUGGGAAGAGUACCCCGAAGAAGGCACUAGUGCCUCAUUCAAAUGAAGGUUUAGCUUUGACUAAAAUGUUGAGGUACGAUGGGACUUUUGGUGAGCCUUACGGUGAAGGUUAUAUUAGAAAGGGAAUAGAGUUGCUUGGAGUCUCAAAGAGGGAAGAGAUCGAGGCUAGGUGGAGGAAGUUCGAAGAUGCUGAAAAAAAAUUGCAUGCGGAGAUAGCUGAAUUCUAUGCAGAACAGGCUCAGUUAAUAUAUCAAGUAAAUAGCUCCUUAUCCUCCUAGAAAUUGCACCAACCGGGGGAAGAUGAUGAUGAGUCUGGUGUCGAUUCAAAUUAAGCAUGGUGGCUGUUUGGUUUUUAUUUGUUUUAAAGUGACUGUUUCGGUUUAAAGUGUGUUUAUUUUUGUUGUUUUGUUAGACAUUUUUAAUUGCCUUUGUUUUAUGUUUAAUUAAGUUGAAUUUGUAUUGAAUUUGGAUGUGAUAUACUCUUGUUAUUUUAGUUUAUUUAGUUUAUUUUUGUUUA